ACAGGAGGCAAAAAUCCUUGACAACGAACCAAAACACUCCCCCAAUACCAAACACCUUGACGUUGAAAAAUUCCUUAACAUCAAAACAGUUGUGCUAGUUUCGUGAAUAAACAAAAUACAUUCCUUUACAUCAGGAGGAAAAAUAUUCUAAUCGAAAUGUCCUUAAAUAAAAUAUUUUUGCGUUAUUAUCCACCAGGCAUUGCUUUAAAUCUCCAAUACAGCGAUGGCGAGGAGUAUUUACAGCAUAUUGACUUAUUGGAUUUGAAUAUCAAUUCAAACCCCAACGAUGUGGCACGUAGUGUGCUACAACGUUUGAUGGACCGUGACAACCAACAAGGACAUUCGUUGCAAACAAACGAACAACAACACCGUCAUCAUCUUCCUCCGCACGAAGAUCAAACAUGUGAAACCGUAACCAAACAAAAAACACAUGCCAACGAAGGUGACACUACUCCGGAUAACCGACAUAGAAACAGUAGUCACAAUGCUAACGGCACAAAUGCCGAAAGCACUGUCAUCUAUGGUGCCGUGCGUAAGGCCAUUGCCAAGUUGCAGCGCAAAUUGCAGGAACCCACCAAAAAGAAAUUCUAUCUCCAUACACGUCUCGACACGCACAUCCUGCCGUUGACGAACAUUAGCUUCGACAGGAACGGUGAACGCUGUAUAACCGGAAGUUAUGAUAGAACGUGCCGCAUCAUCAGCACACACGAUGGCAGUGUCGAGCAUGUUCUAGCCGAACACGAUAAUGUGGUCUUUUCGGUUGCCUACAAUUUUCCCAAAUGUGAUCGCAUUGUUACGGGUUCCUUCGAUAGUACGGCGAAGGUCUGGUGUCCAGCUUCGGGACUUUGUCGCAGCACGCUUAUCGGUCACACAGCUGAAAUUGUUUCGGCUGAAUUUCAACCCAUUAACAGCGAGACAAUAUGUACAGCUUCGAUGGAUGGAACGGCACGCCUCUUUCACAUAGAAUCGACACAGGAGUUGCAGACAUUAGCUCACCACGGUGCUGAAGUUAUCAAUUGUCGUUUCAGUAGAGAUGGUAAUAUGUUGCUGACGGGAUCAUUCGAUAGAACGGCUAGCCUGUGGGAUAUUCGAUCAAAGAGAUUGAUAGCCCAACUACGUGGACAUUCGGCUGAACUUAGUAAUGCUGUGUGGAAUUUUUCCUGUGAUCUGAUUGCCACUGGAUCUUUGGAUAGCACAGCUUGUAUAUGGGAUGUAAGGAAAACUGGGGAGCCUUUGUUUUCUAUUAAAGAACAUACAGAUGAGAUUUUGGAUGUGGCUUUUGAUUGUAGCGGCCGUCGUUUGGCCACAGCUAGUAAUGAUUGCACGGCAAGAGUUUGGAAUGUUGCCGGGGACUUGGAAUUGUUAUCUGUUAUGGUGGGUCACUCGGAAGAAGUGUCAAAGGUUUGCUUUAGUCCACCUGGUAACCUUCUAAUGACUGCUUCAGCUGAUCAUACUGCCCGAUUGUGGUUAAUUGAGUCCGGUCUGUGUUCACAAGUGUUGGCCGGACAUGAAGCGGAAGUAUUCUCCUGUGCCUUCAGUUACAAUGGCGAUAUAAUUCUGACUGCAUCGAAAGACAAUACCUGUCGUUUAUGGAGAUGAUAUGACUGGUAUAUGGUGGAUAUGAAAAAUGAGUAAAAAAAUAUCACCAUGUGCCUGACAAUUGGCAGCUCUACAAUAAAUCAAAAAUUAAAAGUUUAUUUAAAUAAAAUAUAAAUAAAUAUAUAAAUUGAGGUAACAUAAAUGGGGUGCCACAGAAAACAGGAACAUAUAUCGAAAAUUUUUCAAGAUUUUCUAAACAUGGCUGGAUAGUAUUGUUUUAAAAGCUGCCAUAUUCAUCAAAGAGAGGCGCUGUAAUUGUCCCAUCACCAUAUCUUAAUUUUAACUUACCCAUUUGUUAAAAUAAAACAAGUCAUGCGUUUUUUAUUUUCAACAUUUACUACAAACUCGAGCAUAUAUUUUUUAAUCAUUUUUUUCAUUUUGUGUUU